GCUGAACGGUCUGGCUUCCGCGCUGGAGUCCUACAGGGGCCGGGACCGCCUGGUGAGAGGAAGUCUGGGGCCGUGGCGGGACAGAGUGACCUGGAGUUUGGUCAGGACUCAAGAGAUAAGGAAAACAGGCCAGAGAGAGGGUCCUAAAGGGACCGGUAUCGGCAGGCUGGUGUCUUACAUGAGCACCUCCUCAGCCUCCUGAAUUGCUGGGAUUACAGAUCCGCACACUGGGGUAUUGCUGCCAGCUCAUCGGUGGGGUCCUAGUGGAGCAAUGUCCCACCAGGUCCGAAGUGGGAAGGCGCUUGCUGGUGGUGUCAGCCCAGCUCAGUCACUGCAGGACUGUCUUGCGACUCUUUGAUGACCUGGCCAUGUUUGUCUACACUAAGCAGUACGGCCUGGGGACAGAGGAGGAGGACAUCUUCAUCCGAUGGUUGUCUGUCCUGAGUAACAUGGCUGACCAGCUGUACUAUCCGUGUGAGCAUAUCGCUUGGGCCGCCGAUGCCAAGGUCCUCCAGGUGGACUCUGCUCGGUGGUGGACACUGAGCACAGUCCUCUGGACGCUCUCUCUCCUCCUUGGAGUUGUCAAGGCCCUGUGGACAAUGCUGAAGUUAAGACAGAAGCUGCGGAGCCCCACAGGCACCUUUUCAAGCCAGCUGCCCAGGAGCAAGCGGAGGGCCAUGGAGGCAAGGAUAUGUUCAGAGGUUCUAACUCUCCUCAGCAACCUGGCUGACCUGGCAAAUGCUGUGCACUGGUUACCCCGAGGUGUCCUGUGGGCUGGCAGCUUCCCUCCUUGGCUGGUGGGCCUCAUGGGUACCAUUUCCUCCAUCCUCAGCAUCUAUCAAGCUGCCAGGGCCGACAGACAGGCUGAGGCAGACAGCCCUUGACCAGGCCCUGGAGUGGCAGGUGGAGGAUACUGUGCAGCUCAACAGGACUCGGAUCCCCGAUGGGAACCACUGGCCAUGGGUACAUCCAUAAUUGUGUACUCCGGUGCUGGCCCCUGGGUGGGGUGGGAAAGGGGCUGAAAUGAGAUCUUCUCAGGCCCCAGCUAGAGUUUCAGAGGAAGCUAAUCCUUUGGGGAGAAGGGGGGCACAUGAGAACCCCAGGACUCCCAGAGCCAAGGCCAGGUUUACAAAGUCCCAGGAGGACAUCCCAGGAGGACACUGCUAGAACCUCCCACCUGCUGGCUUGCCUAAAGGUGAGUGGGAGAUGCUGUGGCUCAGGCCGGGCUUCGGCAAAGCUGGAAUAGAGGAAUGCCUAUUAAAUUUCUUGGUGUGGU